UAAAAUAUAUAUUAAAAAAACAUUAAAUAAUAAAAAAAAAACAAAAUAAAAAAAGCUACACAUGUACCAAUGUAUCUAUAAAAAUAAUAUUGUAGAAUGUACUUAUAUGUUUAUAAGAAAUUUAUGACUAUGAAUCUGCAAUCAAUCACAAACAAGUCUGGCUAAUUGGCUCUGCCAAAGCCAUUUUUCAAAAAAAAACCUUUUCAUCCCCUAGAUGGGGUUGUUUUCACCCCCAGGGCAAAAGCCCGGUUGGCAUAGGGUAGAUUUUGAAGAAGAGGGUCAACCGAGCUUGAAUCCAAAUUUUCAUUAAAAUCUGUGUUGAUUCUUAAAAUUCCACGGUUUUACAGUUUUUUACCACUGAUGACUAGUCUAUAAUAUGAUAAUCUGUAUGCACUUUGCGCUUAAUAGUAACGCUGGAUACGCAUAAAAACAAUAAUGCAUUUCUAAAAAUAGAUAUUUCAUCAUAACAGAGAUUUAAUUUGAAUGUAGCUGUCAAGAGUUUAAGUUCAUAGUUUGGUUUAUUGGAAAUAGUUUUUAUACUCUUUCUCUUUAUUUUAAGUACUACAUACCUAAUUAAAAUGUAUUCUUGUGCAAUUUGUAAUAAAGUUUGUAAAGAAUACGAACACAUGAAGCAACAUAUUGAUGACAAACACAAUUUUGAAUGCGAUUACUGUGACAAGUCCUUUACAUCUGCCGAACUAAGAAACAUCCAUGAUAGACAGGUACAUCUAAGAUUUAGGUGUCCACGUUCAAAUUGUAAUAGACUUUUCAGAGCAAUUGAGCAUAUGCAGCAGCAUAUUGAUGACGCACAUUAUGUUGAAUGUAACUACUGUGACGAUUACUUUGAAUCUGCUGAAGAAAGAGACAUCCAUGAUAGACGGGUCCAUCUAAGAUUUAGGUGUCCACGUCCAAAUUGUAAUAUACUGUUCAGAGCAAUUGAGCAUAUGCAGCAGCAUAUUGAUGACGCACACUAUUUUGAAUGUGAUCACUGUGACGAUUACUUUGGAUCUGCUGAAGAAAGAGACAUCCAUGAUAGACGAGUCCAUCUAAGAUUUAGGUGUCCACGUCCAAAUUGUAAUAUACUGUUCAGAGCAAUUGAGCAUAUGCAGCAGCAUAUUGAUGACGCCCACUAUUUUGAAUGUAAUCACUGUGACGAUUACUUUGGAUCUGUUGAAGAAAGAGACAUCCAUGAUAGACGGGUACAUCUAAGAUUUGAGUGUCCACAUCCACAUUGUGAUCGACUUUUCAGAGCAAAUGAGCAUUUGCAGCAGCACUUUUUUGCCAAACAUUAGAAAAAUUCAGAAAUAUUCACUAUCAGAGAUAUGGUUUAUCGAACUUUUAAGUUAUAAAUACUUAGCAGUUUGUAGUAAGUAUAUUGAGUAUAUUAUUAGGUAUAUGGAGGUUCAAUUGGGUUUUGUAUAUUCAUGAUUUAGUGGUAGUAGUUUUAAUAGUUAAUACAUAAUCUUGGGAUUUAGUUUAGUUGCUUAUUUCAUGAAAUAUUUCUAUAUGUAUUUUAUGGUGCUAAUAAAUUUUUUAUUCUUUGUA